GAGGCGCGGGAGCGCAGCGGAGCGGAGGGAAGGCGAGACGAGCAAGGGCCAGAGCCGGCCGGAUCCCUCCCGCGCUCUGCCGCCGCACGGUCCUCAUGGCUCCUGCCGCCCUUUGGGUCCUGCUGGCCGUCGGACUGCCGCUCUGGGACGCGGGCCACGCCGUGCCCGCCCAGGAUGCGCUCACCCCCUACAUCCCGGAGCCUGGAAGCUCGUGCCGGCACAGAGAAUACUUUGACAAGAAGUCCCAGAUGUGCUGCAGCAUGUGUCCUCCUGGCUACCACGCACGAUCCUUCUGCACUGAUACCUCAGAUACGGUGUGUACCCCUUGCGAUGACAGCACCUACACCCAGAUCUGGAACUGGGUCCCCGAGUGCUUGAGCUGUGGCUCCCGUUGCAGCUCUGACCAGGUGGAGAUGCAGGCCUGCACCCGGGAGAAGGACCGAGUGUGCGCCUGCAGGCCAGGCCGCUACUGCAUGCUGCCGUCUCAGCAGGGGUGCCGGCUGUGCUCCGAACUGCGCAAGUGCCCCCCCGGCUUUGGCGUGUCCAGACCAGGAACGACAGCGUCAAACGUGGUAUGUGCUGCCUGCGCCCCGGGGACAUUCUCUGACACGACGUCGUCCACAGAUAUUUGCAGGCCCCACCGGAUCUGUGAGUCGACGGCCAUCCCCGGCAAUGCAAGCAGGGACGCGGUCUGCACUUCUGAGCCCCUCACCAAGACAGUGGGACCACACUCAGCCCUCGUGCCCCAGCCAGGGCCCACGAAACCCCAGCUCACGGAGCCAACUCCAGGGCCCCGCACCGCUCCAAGCCCCUCCGACCCUUUCUCGCUCCUGACUGCCCCAGUGGGAGAGGUCACCACAGGGAAUCUCUCUCUUCCAAUUGGACUGAUUGUGGGUCUGACAUCCUUGGGACUGCUGGUGCUGGUGGCUGUGAACUUAGUCAUCAUGACCCAGAAGAAAAAGAAGCCCUUCUGCCUGCAAGGAGAAGCCAUGGUGCCUCACCUGCCCGCUGAGAAGGCCCAGGGUGCGCCGGGCUCCGAGCAGCAGCACCUGCUGACCACGGCGCCCAGCUCCAGCAGCAGCUCCCUGGAGAGCUCGGCCAGCACGGCGGCGGCAGCGGCGGCGGCGGCGGACAGGAGGGCAGCCUCCGGCAACCAGCCACAGGCACCGGGCAGGGACCAGGCCAGCGGGUCCGGGGACGCCCGGGCCAGCUCCGGGAGCUCAGAGUCCUCCUCUGGCAGCCCCCGGACCCAGGUCAAUGUCACCUGCAUCGUGAACGUCUGCAGCAGCUCCGACCACGGCUCUCAGUGCUCCUCCCCGGCCAACUCCACAGCGGGGAGCCCGGACUCCAGCCCCGCAGGCUCCCCAAAGGACGAGCAGGUCCCCUUCUCCAAGGAGGAAUGCCCUUUUCAGUCCCAUUCGGGGGCCCCAGAGACUCUGCAGCAGAGCACAGAGGAGAAGCCCCUGAGCUUCGGCGUGCCCGACGCCGGGAUGAAGCCCAGCUAACCAGGCUGGCGUGCGCCGAGUCCCCGCCCAGGCGGGCUGACCUCUGAGCCCUCUCGGUCCCCACCGCCCAGCACUCGGCUCUUUCUGGGCCACAUUUCUUCAGUGGCCUCCACGGCCUUGGCCUUUCUCUCACCUGCCGUCUUAGGGAGAGUCAUGGGGAACCUCUCCUUCUUGCCACAAGGCUAGCUGGGAACGCUGGCGGCCCGGGCGGGCCUCUGCCUCUGAACUGCCCUGUCUCUGGUUUUGUGAACUUGGCUUCUGAAGCCCUCGUUUUAUCCCGGGGCCCUGCCGGCUCUGGCUCCCCGGGGGGCCCCAGCAUCCUGCCCUCCAGAGGGGCCGGAGGGGGUGGGGAGUGCCGUGCGCCAUCCAUGGAGAAGGGGCUGCCUGCGAUGCAGCCUGAAUGCUGAGACUACAGGGUGGUCCCAGGAGGGGAGGGGGCUGUCAUCAGUCAGGUGAUGGGGUGGGGGUCCCCUGGGUUAGCUAAGGACCCUGGGGCAUCACCACCUUCCAAACUCCUUUUCUGCCCGUCCCACCUCUCGUGCCCGGCGUGAAAAUCAGACACCCAGAGGGCCCACGUGGGCGGCCUGGCGGCAUGCCCUGUCCUGGGUGGGUUGGCAAACCUCUGACAGGAAGUCUUCCUAUUUUAAUAUGUGGCAUUUAAAAAAAAAAAAGUAAGCGGCCUUAGACAAACAAGUCAACAACACAACAAAGCCAAAACCUCAGAGUUUGCCUUCUCUGCCUUUGACCUUCACCCCUGCGCCCACAGCGCCCGCCCCGCCCCCCUCCCUCGCUGUCUGGGGUGCGGCUCCUAGGCCACACCUUGUAUCAGGGAACUUGUAUCGGACCUGGAGAUGACCGUGGCCCCCAGCAGUCACUCUCCUCCUACCUCAGCCUGGACCUCCCCGCCCCACCCCGUGACUCCGGAGGGGUGCUCCUGUCCCCCUCAACCUCCUCCCACUGUCCCCCGAGGCCCAGGCCCCAGGGGGGCCACGGGGCCACUUUGGUACUGUGCCUGUCACGAUCCCCAGUGGACGUGAGACGCUGAGAGCCAGUCUGUGUGUCUGUGUGUCUGUCCUGUGCAGUGGGUCUGUGUAGCCAUUGUUGUUGGGCCGAAUGGCCUUCCCGAAGUCGCUGAAGCUAAGUUUGCCAUAGAGUCCUUACCUAUUAAAGAGUCAGCCCAGCCCGCUGAACACACUGUCCACGCCCUUCAGCGGGUGGGCAUGUGCGGCCUCACCCGGUUCUGCAAAGAAGGGCACUGGGGCUCCUUGAGAAGCCAUUUGGGUUCUCGGUACUUGGAUCCCUUGUUGAAAAAUUCCACUGGACUUGAACUUUGCAGCCGAACUUUUAGAGGGUAGGGGAGACCAGCCAUGACCAUGGGGACAAGAAAGGCUUCCCACCCUGGAAUCAAGAUGUGCUUGUAUUGCCUGAAGAGGCCAGGGUCUCUGCCCGCGUUGGACUCUGCUCGGCCGUGGAGCAGGGCUGCCCCCUGGUGGACAGUGCCGGGAGGCCCUCAGGCCUCUCACGCCGACUCCAGUAGGGCCUGGAAGCCAUGAAGUGAAUUCAAGGAGAGCCUUUCUGGAUGUAGCCUCCAUUCCCCGGCUGUGUUAGCCCCAAGACCGUGUGAGGUGUUGCACUGCAUAUUGGAAAGCGUUCCUGCUUCUGAAUAAACCUUCCCUUUGUCUUA